AAGUGGAUGGCUUCACACGGAAAUCGGUGCGCAAGGCUCAGAGGCAGAAGCGCUCGCAGGGCUCCUCGCAGUUCCGCAGCCAGAGCAGCCAGGUGGAGCUCUCGCCGCUGCCCCAGCUCAAAGAUGCCACCUUCAAUGAACAGCAAGAUCUUUUUUGUCAGAAGUUACAACAGUGUUGUGUGCUCUUUGACUUCAUGGACUCUGUUUCAGACCUGAAAAGCAAAGAAAUUAAGAGAGCAACACUGAAUGAACUGGUUGAAUAUGUUUCAACAAAUCGUGGAGUGAUUGUUGAAUCAGCUUAUGCUGACAUAGUGAAAAUGAUUAGUUCUAAUAUUUUCAGAACACUUCCACCUAGUGAUAACCCAGAUUUUGAUCCAGAAGAAGAUGAACCAACUCUUGAAGCCUCAUGGCCCCACAUACAGUUGGUGUAUGAAUUUUUCCUGAGGUUUUUGGAGAGCCCAGAUUUUCAGCCUAGCAUUGCAAAGCGCUAUAUUGACCAGAAAUUUGUACAGCAGUUGUUGGAGCUCUUUGAUAGUGAAGACCCCCGAGAACGUGACUUCCUGAAGACAGUUCUUCAUCGAAUUUAUGGAAAAUUCCUUGGUUUAAGAGCAUUCAUCAGGAAACAGAUUAACAACAUUUUCCUCAGGUUUAUAUAUGAAACAGAGCACUUCAAUGGUGUUGCUGAACUACUUGAGAUAUUAGGAAGUAUUAUCAAUGGUUUUGCACUGCCACUGAAAGCAGAACACAAACAGUUCCUUAUGAAAGUUCUGAUUCCCAUGCAUACUGCAAAGGGAUUAGCUUUGUUUCAUGCACAGCUUGCCUAUUGUGUUGUACAGUUCCUGGAAAAAGAUACAACUUUAACAGAGCCUGUCAUCAGAGGACUGCUCAAAUUUUGGCCAAAAACUUGCAGUCAGAAAGAGGUGAUGUUUUUAGGUGAAAUUGAAGAAAUCUUAGAUGUAAUAGAACCGACACAAUUCAAAAAAAUAGAAGAGCCUUUAUUUAAGCAAAUAUCCAAGUGUGUGUCAAGUUCACAUUUUCAGGUUGCAGAAAGAGCUUUGUACUUCUGGAAUAAUGAAUAUAUUCUCAGCCUGAUCGAGGAGAAUAUUGAUAAAAUUCUACCAAUUAUGUUUGGCAGUUUGUACAAGAUCUCCAAAGAACACUGGAAUCCAACCAUUGUGGCACUGGUGUACAACGUCCUGAAAACCCUGAUGGAGAUGAACGGCAAGCUUUUCGAUGAACUCACCAGCUCGUAUAAAGCAGAAAGGCAAAGAGAGAAAAAGAAAGAAUUGGAACGCGAAGAGUUGUGGAAAAAGCUCGAGGAGUUAAAGCUUAAGAAGGCAAUGGCAGAAAAGCAGAACAGCACUCACAACGUGCUAAAUGCACACAAUCCAAGUGCCAAAUAAAAGAAAUGACCACCUCUACACGGCAGACACGCUUUUUUGUACCCUUUUGAAAUAUAUAAGGAUUUGCAAAAGAAACCUCAUCAGUA